AGUCGCAUUCUUCUUCUCAACUUUGCCCGCCUGAUGCAACUGACGUUUUACAAGGGCAUCCGAUGGAGUCAAGGCAUCAUGGACCUGGAAGCCCAGCAAUUCCAUUCUUCGGUUGGUCCAAAUGGCCCAACACAGAAAGUGUCCCAGCUCAAGGAUGUAUGGCACCUGCAGGCCCGGGUCGAAUGCUGCUGCAAGAACUGCUUUGGCAGCUAGAGAAAAGGGCGGUUCAGGUUCAAGAGGAGGAGUUCCAAUACAGCAAAUCCCGUGGCAUUCUGACACACCGUCACCCCCCAGCAUACCCAAGCCCGCUGGCCCUCAUACCUGCCUCAGAGCGUCAUCAGCUAGAGCGCCUCUGUGGGCGCAUCCCACCCUCACACACUGCCAUUGUACUUACUAGGUUUCAUGAUCUUUUGGCCCACAAUGACAUCUCUCCCUGGGAGCUGGUGGGUGUCUUCAAGCAUGUUCUUAAGGACUUCCUGAGGAGACAGGAAGACAAAGUGCAGAGGCGUCCACUCCCUUCAGCUCCACCAGCAAUUUCUUCUGCUCCCAUUCCACCUAUAGAGAGUGGUAAUAAAAAUCACUGGGCUGAAAAUGCCUCUCGGUCUUCACCAGAGGAGUCCAGAAAACAAAGAGAGGAGAUCCCUACUAUUUCUAGUUAUGUGGAUAAACGCUUGCAUGCUGCCUGCCCUUACUCUAUCCACCGAGAUUGGAGCCUGCCCUAUUUCCACCCUUUUACAUUUGAGGCCUACAGCACCACUUUGUGAGCACCACUUAAUUGUGGAAAAGAACAUGUGAUCCCUUUUAGUUUGUCCCUCCUCUUUGCAAGUUCCCUUGUUCUCUGACACAGAUCUACUCUGCGCUUGCAACAUUGAGAAUAUCUUAUUACCCUCUCCAGUUUCAGUGAAACUGACUAAAAAGUGGAACAGUGUGCAAAGUUAAACCUUGGAAUAAGAGCCAUAAUCUUUUGUAAUUAAUCAAAAAGAUGAACAAACUUCUGAUUUUAAUUAUAUAAGGGAGGUCAUUUUUCUCUUUGGGAAUGGACCAAUAAUGUGUGCUCAUUUUUUUCCUAUUGAAAUAACAUUUUUACUUCGUAUUGUAGCUUUCCAAGAUAUACAGCUAAUGAGCGAAUUGGAGGUACAAACAUAUACAAGCACAUUCACCCAGAGCAGUCAACCCAGUUAUCCAGCCUAAACUGUCUUUUUUCGAAAGUUAUAUUUCUGGAUCACAGAGCUGAGAUUAGCCUGAGGGCAGAGGACUGCCUUUGCACAUCAGUGAGUCCUGCUCUCUGCAUUUACCCAUGAUUUGCCUAGCCUGUUUCAUACCUCUCCAAACUUUUUAGAUCAGUGGUACAAACUAAUAUUGUCUGCCUGUUUGUGUACAAAUAAUGAGAUAACUAUUCUUUUUCUUUUUCGUUUAGCAUGGGCUAAAAGUGGCAAACAAACUUCAGAAUUAAAGCACAAGUUUGUUGAUUGUCCAUAAUGAGAUGAUCAUAACGCUUCCAAUUUAAAGCAGUUUCAAAAUAGUGUAAAACAUUAUACUGUUGUACUUCUCUUGUAGAGUGGAGUGUAUGAUCAUUAAAUACAAUAAUCUACACCAGCAAUACCAAAUACUGUCUUUUAUAAAAUUAUUUUCUGCUUUGGAUUUUGUUAUUGUCUUUAUUACUUGAAUUUUUUUUUUGUAAUUGUGUAAUUGUGUAUAUGUAAGCUGAUCACUUGUAUUUACUUGCUUCUGUGAACCCUGUAAGCUUAUUUUUUCAAGCUUCUAAUAUCUUCAUUGUUCAUUUGCUCAUACCCAGAAUUUUUGAAAAGCAUGUUGAGGAUUGUGUUGUCCUCAAAAA